AGGAGGAGGGCGCUCGAGGCGACAGCACUGCAGACGCCAUUAUCCUCUGUGUUUCUCUACGGCAUCGACCUUUGUCGGCUGGCGUUUCGCUUGCUCUUAAACCUACAGGCUACUGCAGCACUAGGGUGUCAGUUGUUGAUCCCGCCCAGAACACUUCAGUUCUGCCCUUCAAGGAUAUAUAAUACUGAUUGUCUACCCAUUUAAUCUGAGAAAAUGGAGACUGAGCAGCCAGAAGAAACCUUCCCCAAUACUGAAACCAAUGGUGAAUUUGGUAAGCGCCCUGCUGAAGAUAUGGAGGAGGAGCAGGCCUUUAAAAGAUCUAGAAACACUGACGAGAUGGUUGAACUGCGCAUUUUGCUUCAAAGCAAGAAUGCUGGAGCAGUGAUUGGGAAAGGAGGCAAAAAUAUUAAAGCACUUCGUACAGACGUAAGUAUUCAAGACUUUAAUCUACUAUUCGUUCAGCUUCUGUUUAUGUGUUGCUAGAAAUUUUGAAAUUCAAUCAUAGGCUUCAUUUAAUAGUCUAGGUACAAGCCAUUUAUAAUGAAUUUUUUUAUAUAGAAGACUUUCAAGUUUUUGCCAUUCCUGUUACAAUUAAA